AUGGCCGCAGUGGAGCUAGAAUGGAUCCCAGAAACACUGUAUAACACUGCUAUAUCAGCAGUAGUGGACAACUACAGUCGAUCGCGGAGGGACAUACGCUCCCUUCCUGAAAACAUACAGUUUGAUGUGUACUACAAGCUUUACCAGCAGGGCCGGCUUUGCCAGCUGGGAGGAGAGUUCUGCGAGCUGGAGGUCUUUGCCAAAGUCCUCCGGGCCUCAGACAAAAGACACCUCUUGCACCACUGUUUCCAGGCCUUGAUGGACCACGGUGUUAAAGUGGCUUCGGUCUUGGCUAACUCCUUCAGCCGCCGCUGCUCCUACAUUGCCGAGUCAGACGCACACGUCAAAGAGAAAGCCAUUCAGUUUGGCUUUGUUUUAGGUGGCUUUCUGUCAGACGCAGGUUGGUAUGGAGAUGCAGAGAAAGUCUUCCUGUCCUGUCUCCAGUUAUGUACACUACAUGAUGAGGUUUUGCACUGGUACCGUGCUGUGGAGUGCUGUGUGAGGUUACUUCAUGUACGCAAUGGCAACUGCAAAUACCACCUCGGAGAAGAGACUUUCAAACUGGCCCAGUCGUAUAUGGACAAACUAGCAAAACAUGGUCACCAGGCAAAUAAGGCUGCUCUGUAUGGAGAGCUCUGCGCCCUUCUCUUUGCCAAAAGCCACUAUGAUGAGGCGUACAGGUGGUGUAUAGAGGCCAUGAGGGAAAUCACUGUUGGCUUGCCCGUUAAAGUGGUGGUUGAUGUCCUAAGACAAGCGUCAAAGGCCUGCGUUGUGAAACGAGAGUUCAGGAAAGCUGAGCAGCUGAUAAAACAUGCAGUAUUUCUGGCACGGGAACAUUUUGGACACAAGCACCCGAAAUAUUCAGACACUCUGCUUGACUAUGGAUUUUACCUUCUAAAUGUUGAUAACAUUUGUCAGUCUGUUGCCAUUUAUCAGACUGCUCUUGACAUUCGGCAGUCUGUGUUUGGAGGGAAGAACAUUCACGUGGCAACAGCUCAUGAAGAUCUUGCAUAUUCCUCCUACGUGCAUCAGUACAGUUCUGGUAAAUUCGACAAUGCCCUAUUCCACGCAGAACGUGCCAUAGACAUCAUAACUCACAUUCUCCCAGAGGACCAUCUGCUGCUGGCCUCGUCCAAAAGGGUGAAAGCCUUGAUCCUGGAGGAGAUCGCCAUUGACUGCCAUAAUAAAGAGACAGAGGAGCGACUCCUGCAGGAGGCCCAUGACUUGCAUCUCUCCUCCCUCCAGCUGGCUAAAAAAGCCUUCGGAGAGUUCAACGUCCAGACGGCAAAACAUUAUGGCAACCUGGGACGCCUUUAUCAGUCCAUGCGAAAGUUCAAGGAGGCAGAGGAGAUGCACAUCAAAGCAAUCCAAAUCAAGGAGCAGCUCCUCGGUCAGGAGGACUACGAGGUGGCUCUGUCCGUCGGCCACUUGGCCUCCCUCUACAACUACGACAUGAACCAAUACGAGGAUGCUGAGCGACUCUACUUACGCUCCAUAGCGAUAGGUAAAAAACUGUUUGGAGAAGGUUACAGUGGACUUGAGUAUGACUACAGGGGUCUGAUCAAACUCUACAAUUCAGUGGGCAACUACGAGAAGGUGUUUGAGUACCACAACAUAUUGUCCAAUUGGAAUCGUUUGAGGGACAGGCAGUUUGCCGUGGCGGAUGCGCUGGAGGACGUCAACACCAGCCCUCAGGCCACGGACGAGGUGGUGCAGUCCUUCCUCAUGUCCCAGAACCACGGGGCAGGCCGGUCCUGUUUGGGCUAAAAGAGCCGGGACAUACACUCGUCAAUUCUCAUCAGCACACACUCUCCCAUCUUCACUCAAACACGCCCUCUCUCUUUCACUCGGAUCUAUUCACGUCCGGUCCUUUCAUCUGGAACUCGACCUGGCUUUUUAACGAGGAAAAUCCUGAGCUAUGAUUGGACCCUGUUCUUGUGAGCUCAACUUUACCAGCAACAAACUUCGGCCCAUUGAAAGGAGCCUGGACGAGAAAAGAGAGUACUUUUUUUCCCCCUUUCACACUGAAACACCAUUGAAACAAAGCAACAUUCUGUGUUUAGUAGGUUCACUUUUGUCUUGACUUCAAAGAGUGAGAAGAUCUUUUGUUUCAUGUAACUUCAUAAAAAAAGAAAGGAUUAAAAAAGAAGAAGAAGAAGAAGAGAUAUCAGUCCAGUAUAGAGUUUCCCUCAAUUAAAUGUUCAACACCAUGU